AUGGCGCGUGCGGUCGAUUUUUACGAUGAGGUUAAUCCGAAAACUGGUCAACGAAAGCGACGGUGGUCAACAGUGAAACAUAACUUUUAUCGCGUUCAACAUCAUAACUAUAUUGCUCGUUUCCGUCGAUAUCUCGAAAGACACGGCAGGAAAAAGCAGAAAAUUGACCAGGUUGAUGAUUAUGUGUUUGACAUGUUCGAAAAGGCUCGUGGAAAUGCUCUUUCCGUGCAUGAUAUUGAUCUUCGUCGAUGGGCGUUGAAGAAAGCUAUGGAUGAAUCAUUACACAAUUUCACGGCUUCUCAUCAUUGGUUGCUUACAUUCAAGCAUAAACAUAAUAUUGUAUCACGCAAGGUGACAAAGGUUGUAACGAAACGUGCAACGCAAAGUAAAGAGACAAUUAAAACUUCGGCUGACCUUUUUAUAGCUGACGUUCGUAAACGUUUGCCAAAUUAUGAAAAAAGCGAAGUCAUCAAUACCGAUCAAAGUGGAAUCGAACUCGAGAUACGCUCUACUCGAACGUUGAGCUACAAAGGUGAAAAAAUAACUGUUGGUGCUGUUCGUUCUACAAACGCCAAUACCCACAGCUAUACCGUGCAACCGGCCAUCACGCUAGAUGGCAAUCUCCUCUCGCCAAUUUACCUCUGUUUGAAAGAGCCCACUGGACGUAUUAGUGAAAAUAUUCGAUCGCAUCUUUUCAAGACCUCGAACGUAAUCGUCACGUGCAGCAGCUCUGGAAAGCUUACGACAUCGUUAGUUGAAUAUUGGCGUGACCAAGUUCUUCUUCCUUCAAUCGGACAACGGAAACAGUUUCUACUUAUCUCGGAUUGUUGGGGAGGACAAACAUAUGGAAAAGGAUUAUAUGAUCACAUUCCGGGCUGCACGAGACUUGAGAUACCAAGGAGUACGACUAGUCAAAUCCAACCCUUGGACGUUUUUUUCAAUAGACAGAUGAAAGUGAUUCCCCGUCGAAUCUACGAUCGUGUGAUGCUCGAUGAACUCGAUAUUAACAUGAGCGAUCGCAAUAAUAUUAUCCGUCUGACUUCCCUCAAUCAUAAUCAAUUAUUAUCCGAAAGAUUUCGCCGAAUGAUUCAAUAUGCGUGGUAUGCUAGCGGAUACACGGACACUCAUCCAGGACCUUUUGAAACAGUGGCUGACGUCUGCUUCUCUCUUGAUGUUGCGACCUGUGUUGUUCCGACUUGUGAUGCAGGACCUUUUAUCUGCUGCAGCUAG